AUGGAUUCGCUAAAUGAGUAUCAUGGGCUGUCCAUGCGCUGGAGUCUCGCUGAUGAUACGUCCGAUGAUGGGACCCAGCUGAUUGAGGAACACACCUCACAGGAGAUUCUGUUCUCAGCUUCUCGAAGCGGCCUUGAGAUUUGUUUGAGCCAGACUAAUUCAGCAACAAAUCUUUAUCCAUCAAAACCCUUCCACAGGGUAGUAGAAGCUAUUAUUGGAAAGAUUCACUGUGGGACUGAGGCAUGUUUCAUUUGCUCUUUCUUUUUUUUUUUAACAAAUUUUCCUGCUAAAAAGUAUAAAGACUAUGAAGACAACAGUCCAAGCUAUGAUGGCUACUACACAGAAGAUGACCCAGUUUAUGGCAAUCUCAAUCAAGAUAUUUUAGAGGAAUGUUGUUACGGGCAGAUGAAGUCCCAGCCUCAAAGGCCAGUUAACCAGCUACAGGUGGAGUCUGCCCAUCAGAUGUGUUAUGCCUCACUUGAUCACAGUGUCAAGGGAAAACGCAGAAAACCGAGGAGAAAGAAAGGCCCUUCAUUAGAGGAGGAUGAAGAAGAAAGAUCAUCUAACCCCACCAUGAUGGCUUCCAAAGUUAGCAUUUAUCUCAACAGUGAGCAGCUGGCUGCUGAAAACACGACAAACGUAGAAGCCAUUCAUGAUGAUCCCAUGAGAUUAAUGGGCUUGAUUCGUACUACAAAGGAGAGAACAUUUGAAGUGGCUUCAUAA